UCAUACUAAAAGUGCCCAAUUUUACCAAGUUGGAAACAAAUUUUGUCUUGUUGAUAUGCCUGGUUAUGGAUAUCGUGCACCUGAGUGGUUUGAAUCUCUUAUAGAAGUAUACUUGACGAAAAGGAAAAAUUUAGUCAAAACAUUUUUAUUAAUUGAUGGAAACAUUGGAUUCCAACAUUCUGACGAAGUUGCUCUAUCCAUGCUUGAAGAAUAUAGAAUACCUUAUGCUCUUGUAUUGACAAAAAUUGAUAAAGCUGCAGAUAGCAGGCGUUUGAAGAAUGUACUGCAUCUUAAAAAUGUGCGAGACAAAUGCGCAUCUGUAUCAUGCUUCCCUCAAAUCUUCAUGAUAAGGCUCAUCUUCCAUGCUGCAUUUUCAAGCGAGACAAAUGCCUUAACCACAACUCAUUUAGAUCACCCAAUGAUAUCAUCGGCAAAAGCCAGCAGUUGAAUGGUUCUGUGCAAGAUGGUUGUAUUUGUGUUUAUUCCAGAGUUUCUUAUGGUCUUUUCUAGAGCUGUAUUAAAGAAUAGGCGAGAUAUUCACACACAUAUGAAGGAUUGGCUUUCUUUUUGGCAUAUAUAGUACAUAUAACUGGCAAUUUGAAUCCAGAUGAAAUAUGAUGCACCUGAGUAACCAGAGGGAAUUAUUCUGUCAAAUCCUCCAAGUGUAAUUCAUCUAGGAUCAGCAAAAGACAUCAGCACAAGUGUUUUAGCUGGAUUAAUGUUUAGAUAUACCUAAACUUCUCUUAAAAGACGAAUGAAAUCAUCUGAAUUUGUCAAUAAUAAUUAUGAAACAAAUGAGAUAUUCCAAGAUAAAAGAACUUGUAAAUAUUCACUGCCAUUGUUCACUGAUUCUCUGAAUGCUGCACGCUGAGUGCAGAUAUAUGCCAUUCUCAGCUAGGGCUUAAUCCUAUGUGAUCAAAGCCAUGUAUACUGUGUGUAGUCUUGCUCAAAAUAUUAAAAAAAAAAAAUUUUAGAAA